UCAAACUACUUCACUCGACCACACACACUCCCAAGCUAGUAUCUUUCAGUAUCUCUCUCUUCCCCACAAGUCCUCUGCUACUGCUACGUACAUCCCACCCAUGGAGACAGUCCAGCAAAGCGAGCUGCAGGGGAGGCAGCAUGCCUGGUGGCGGCCUUUGGACACCAUGGCUUUCUGCAGCAGCAGCUCGGACAUGAGCAACAGCGAUGGUUUCUUCCCGCAGCUCCAAUGGGAUCCGCUGCUCUGGUACUUCGGUCUAGGCGAUGAUCAUCGCGCCAUCGAGGACGAGCUCGGGCUCUUCUUCCCCAAGUGUACAUCGCAAUGCAUGGAGUCGCCGUGUUCGCAGCAGGAGGAGGAGACGGUGGUGCCCGAAGAUCAGUUGGAUGAAUUGCUCCGGAAUUUCUGGGACGCGGAGGAGAAGGAGCAGCAUCUGGUAGGCCUCAACACCAGCUGCGUUGCUGCUAGCUCUUCCCAUGAUGACGAUGAUCUGCUUGCUCUGUGCUCCGCUUUGCCGGUGGGCUCCACAUCGCCAGAGAAAGCCGUGACGGGGACACAGCCUGAUCAGUCUGCCCCCAGCUCGUCCUCAUCCCGCUGCAGCGUCACCCGACAUGCCGGCGGCGGCGGCGCCGCCGCCGCCCAGCACCAAACGACUCGCACCAACUGUUCGUCCAAACGCUCGACGGCACAAGAAGACACAGACGCGUGGAGCGGCAAGAGGAGCAGGACGGCGUCCUCCUCCGGCGCCGGACCUACGGUGGUGCGCCCGUUCGCGGUGGUGAAGCCCGGAGGCGGCGGAGUGGACGGCCAGGCAACGCUGGCGGAGAUCAACGAGCGGGUCCUGUCGCGCCCGACGAGGCCCGUCCCGCACCCCGUCGGGGAGUUCGCGUGCGCCCCGCGCACGUUGGCCGGCGGAGACGACCGGCCAGCACCCUCGGGCAAGGCGGUCGCCGGCUUCACCAGGCUGCACACCGUCGGGAGGGGCACCAUAACCAUCAUCAGGACAUCUGGCUAAGCCAACGACGAUCCAAGUGUCUGUGCCUGCCCACAGCUUAUGAUACUGUCAUCAUAAUCAAGUUCAGCUUGCUGGAUUGUAGAUGCAGCCUAGCACAGAUUUUAUGUACAUUAUAAUCAGUAUAAUGACUAAUGAUUAGUUCUGUGAAAGAAAGAAAAAACGGUGAGACUGUCCGCGAGAUGGAUGCAUGCGCAUGCGAAUCUCGAUGGAAAGGAGGAAUUUGAAAUAUACGAGUCUUUUGAAGCAAAUAAAGACGGAUGCAGAGCUAACUUUCGUCCAGUACGAAUCGAUCGGAGACACCUUUGGAUCGUAGAUCGUACCACCAGUGCCAGGGGACAAAGCUCUUACGUACUGGGGCAAAGUGUGCGAGAUUAUAAUUGUAUC